AUGAAGAAUGAGACAUACAGAUAUUUGUUGAAGCCUGAUGGUCUGUCUGAAGUCUCUUUUCCUGAGCCUCGUCUUGGGGUUUUGAAGGGUUACCUCUGUCUUUCUUGUGAUCAUGGGAGAACCCAUUUUGUUGUUUGGCUAAUGAGGGAAUUUGGAGUUGAAAAAUCUUGGACUCAAUUGUUGAACGUAAGUUAUGAGCAUCUUCAACUUGAUCAAUUUUCAUUUCCAUCUACUUUAAUGAUACCUUUGUUCAUGUCUGAAGAUGAAGAUGUCAUGUUGCUGGCAAGCUAUGGGCGUAAGGAAUUUGUUCUGGUUAAUAAGAGAGAUAACAGAAUGGACGAUAUUGGAGGUUUCGAUGGUAAAUAUUAUUGGCCGUACUCCUAUGAUUAUGUUCCAAGCUUGGUUUUGCCAUAUCGAAAUUAA